GAACUAAAUAUCCAUCUGAGAAUUCAGAAGAUGAUGAUGAUCAUCCCCUUUCAUUGUCCAAGGCUUCCUUUUGGGUUGCUUCUUUUGACUGUUCUUCUAUCCUCUCUGUUAACAAUUCCAACUGUUGAAGCUAGAAUCCGCCGCUACAAAUGGGAGGUUAAGUAUGAGUACAAGUCCCAAGAUUGCUACAUGAAGCUGGUGAUCACCAUUAAUGGGCAAACACCUGGGCCAUCCAUCAUUGCACAGCAAGGUGAUACUAUCAUUGUGGAGCUUAAGAAUAGUUUGCUUACAGAGAAUGUAGCAGUCCACUGGCAUGGAAUUCGACAGAUUGGAACUCCAUGGAGUGAUGGAACAGAAGGAGUUACUCAAUGUCCUAUAUUUCCAGGGGAGACUCAUACUUACAAAUAUGUAGUGGAUAAGCCUGGAACUUAUCUGUACCAUGCCCACUAUGGAAUGCAAAGAGCAGCUGGAUUGUAUGGCUCGAUACGCGUUUCGGUUCCUGAUGGAGUUGCAGAGCCCUUCUCUUAUGACUAUGAUAGAAGUAUAAUCCUUAACGAUUGGUACCACAAGAGCACCUAUGAACAAGCCGCAGGCUUGUCUUCAAAACCCUUUGUUUGGGUUGGAGAGCCUGAGUCACUAUUGAUACAAGGAAGAGGAAGAUACAAUUGCUCUCUUCUAUCUUCUUCAAGCUUAGAAGCUGGUCUCUGUAAUGCAACAAAUCCAGAAUGCUCUCCCUAUGUCUUAACAGUAGUCCCAGGGAAGACAUAUCGACUAAGAAUUUCAAGCUUGACUUCACUAUCAGCAUUGAAUUUUGAAAUAGAGGGGCAUAACAUGACAGUGGUGGAAAGUGAUGGGAAUUAUGUUGAGCCCUUUGUUAUAAAGAAUCUAAACAUUUACUCAGGUGAGACAUACUCAGUUCUAGUGAAAGCAGAUCAAAACCCUUCAAGGAAUUACUGGGCAGCUGUAAAUGUGAUUAGCCGCCAGCCUCAGACAGCAACAGGGCUUGCCAUCUUCAAUUACUACCCAAACCAUCCCAGAAGAUCGCCGACAACAAUUCCCCCAACUGGGCCUUUGUGGAACAACAGCGAUUACCGGCUUGCACAGUCUCUCGCCAUUAAAGCACGCCAAGGUUACGUUGAGCCACCACCUCAGACUUCAGAUAGAGUGAUCACUCUCAUCAAUACACAAAAUCAAAUAGAUGGCUACAAGAAAUGGGCAAUCAACAAUGUCUCCUUCACCUUACCCGAGACCCCAUAUCUCAUUGCCCUCAAGGAGAAUUGGACUCAUGCCUUUGAUCAGAGCUCACCACCAGAUAAUUACAACUCUGCAAAUUAUGACAUUUAUAGCAUUCCCAAGAACCCUAAUACCACAUCCACCAAUGCUAUCUACAGGCUGAAGUUUAAUUCUACAGUAGACAUUAUUCUACAAAAUGGAAACACCAUGAAUCCUAACAAUAGUGAGACACAUCCAUGGCAUCUCCAUGGACAUGAUUUUUGGGUUCUGGGUUAUGGAAAAGGAAAAUUUGAUUCAGUCAAUGAUCCAAAGAAGUACAAUCUUGUCAAUCCGAUCAUGAAGAACACAGUCCCUCUACACACUUACGGAUGGACUGCAUUAAGAUUUCGUGCAGAUAAUCCAGGCGUGUGGGCUUUCCAUUGUCAUAUUGAACCACAUUUCUUUAUGGGUAUGGGUACGGUGUUUGAAGAAGGUGUGGAGAGAGUUGGAAAGCUACCUACAUCUAUCAUGGGCUGUGGUGAAACCAAAUCAUUAAUUAAGCCUUAGUU